GGCGCGCUCUGCGCUCUCCCCUCGGAGGGCCGGCCGCCGCGCCGCCGGCCCGGACCGCUGAUCAGUGUCCGCACCAUGGCCGCGCAUGUGAUCCUGUGUGCGGCGCUGCUGGCCUCGGCGCUGGCCUCCCCGCUGCCGCAGGAGGACGUGGUCGAAGCCGUCCCGCUGGAGGCGGAGUUCGACGAGGCUCAGCUGGGCAGCGUCAUCAUCCGGCCGCCUCGCGUCGAGAAGGUCACGCACGUCACGUCCAAUCACCAGUACCAGAAGCUCUAUCCCAAGAACGGCAAAUACAAGUUCGGCUUUGACGACGACAAUCAGUUCCGGGUGGAGGAGCGACUCGGAAACGGCCAUCUUCGGGGCAUUUAUGGAUACAAGAACGAAGACGGGUCCAUCACAGCCUUCAUGUACACGUACGACGGCGAGCGGUACAAGCAGGUACCAUACACGGUGGAGGACAUUCCUGAUGACCUACGGAUCGCCCCCGAAGCUCAAGGACCGCCGCGAUUCGUCCGGGGGAACCCGGAGAUUAUCGAUGCGGAGUAGCCGGCGGUCGCCUACUGCAGCAGCGCCAUCCUGUGCAUAUUUCCGGAGGCAAGAUUAAUCACAGCUGCAAAUUUUUAGUGCUUUUUAAAUUGGACCAAAUACACGAACCGAUCGGCGGUAGUCAAUGUGCGUUGCUUGGCAGUUGGUGAGAACAGGACAGUUGUUAACAACAAAUGUUUUCACGAAGAAGUUGGUUUCGAAGAAACUACUUUGACCUAGCACUUCCAUGAGCGCAGUUUGCGCACUUCCCAGAAGCAGAGGAGCACAUUUCCCACCGACCCAAAAAUAAUAUUAUUCCCUUCGUAACCCCCUGGCGAUAUCGUCUGAGUAAAACGGCAAAUUUUGUGUUGCCCGUGAAUGGGGAAACGUCUAAGAAAACGCUUACAGAUCGGGUAACGUAUCACCACAUGACAAUAUUUCCAACCGUGUUGGUUCAGCCAGGACACUUUGAGCCGCCGCGUGACCUGAUUGGGACAGCCAGUCGCCGACCUCUUAUUGGCGUUGGUAGUCCUGAGUGGUGGUGGUCUGGCAGUCAUAUCGAAUUCAUGAGAAUCGGACAUUGGGGAACACCAUCGCCAUUUAGUAGUCUUUUAUAUCUCAAGGUCUGCUAAAGGGUCUUGCGUUAGCAGAUGAGUUCGAACUGAAAGCAAAAAUCGAGUUGGAUAGGUUUAUGCAAAUUUCCUCACUGAAGAAUUCGUAAUACCGGACCUUGGUGGCCGUCCACCAUAUGUUUCUCGACGGGAAAGAGACGCUAAUAUUAUCAUUUAUGUCCUACGUUUAAAGGAAUGACAAACCAGUUAUCAAUAAAUUCUAGCAGACGCAUUCAAAACAAGUGUGUUCGGAAUGCACUGUGCAAACACGGGUAGCGGUAAUACACUAGCUUUAGAAAUAAGGUAAAACAUUAGUGCGGUUGAGAACACAUAUUCUGAUCCGAUUUGCAAGUCACAUUCAUCUGUCUACAAAAAUUAUCCUGUUGCUUUAAAGAACUGUU